AUGAGGACUACCGCCGCCGCCGCCCUCUUCGGCACGUGGUUUUUAGCCGCCUCGGUCUCCGGAACGAGCACGUCUGAGUGCCUACAGAGGGAUGCCGGCCGGCUCGCUGCCGCUGCCGCAUGCGGUGAUGCCGGCAGCAUCAAGUACUGCCUCUCGGAACUGGCGGGGCUCCUGGAAGGCACCACACCGACGGCAUGCUACCAAAAUGCGGGCUGCACGGCCGAGGAGGCCGCCAUCGAGGCCGACUGGGCCAUGAGGCACUGCGAGGUGGCUGUGACACCGUCUACGGAACCGAGCGACCUCCGCCGGAGGCAAAAGAACAGCGACGAUGAUGACGACAACAGCAACGACGACGACAACAAGAAGAAGACGACGUCGGAAAAGCCCACCAGCACCAAGAAGGAGACCAAGACGACCGGCAAGUCGAGCUCGGAGCAGAAGCCCACCAAGGAGAGCACGACCAAGCAAGACAAGACAUCGUCGACCAAGAAGGAGAGCUCCACGGCCACCAAGACGACGGCAUCCACCUCUGACUCUACCACCACGACGAGCAGCACCACAGACUCCGCCUCCUCGACCACGACGUCCUCCUCCAGCACCGGCACCUCCCUCCAGUGCUACGUCACCUCGGACGUGUCGACCAGCCACUGCCCGACCCAGUCCACGGGCAAGGCCGCGGGCAAGACCCUCUCGUGCUUCCCGACCUCGUACCCGACCGCCUCGUGCGCGCCGGGCCUCGUGUGCGGCGGCUCCCCGGACAGCAGCAACCCGACCUGCUUCCGGCGCCAGGACGGCCUGACGCCCGGCGGCGUCGUCGUGGCCGUCGCCUUCUCGGCCGCCAUCGCCGUGUCGGCCGUCACCGUGUGCUUCUUCUGCCUGCGCGAGCGGCGCGAGCACCGCCGCCUGCGCCGAGCGGCCGAGGCGGCGGCCCUGGCCAAGGGCGGCGCUGCUGCCGACAGUAACGGCAAGAAGAGGCCGAGCGUCGGCGUGAGGAGCGUCGGCGGCGCGUCGGCGGCGGCGGACGAGCAGCCGCUCAUGGGCGCGCAGUACCCGCAGCAGGUGCAGGGCGGAGGGUACUACCAGCCCCCUCCUCUCCCGGGGCCAGCUGGCGUCCCUGCUGAGCCGGUGCCGCCGGUGCCGCAGAUCGAUGUCGCGUAUUACCAGGGCGGGUACGAGGGUGGCGGCGGUGUCGUCCAGCAGCAGCAGCAGCAGCCGCAGGUGUACAGCCAGCAACCGGAUCCGUUCUCGGACCGGCACCAGAUGAGGUAG